AUGACGGCUUCGCGGCUCUCGUCGCUGGCGGCGGCGGCGGCGAUGGCGGUGUCUUAUUCCGCCGCUAGCAACCGCGCCUACGCAGACUCGCCCUUCCGAUUUUCUCCGUUUUCUUCUUCUGCGCCAUCUUCUCCGCCUCCCUCUGAGACUGGGCCUGCAGAAAUUUCUGGAUCGGGCACCCAGCCAGCUGUUGAGGACUCGAAACGCGGUUUUGACCCUGAAUCGCUUGAAAGGGGCGCCAAGGCGCUUCGACAAAUUAAUAACUCUCCGCACGCAAAACAGGUUUUCGAGGUAAUGAGAAAGCAGGAACAGACUAGGCUAGCGGAGUUGGAUGCUGAGAAGGCGAAUUUCGAGGCUAUUCAAGCUCAUGCUGAUAUUGACAAGCAGCGAAAAUGGGCAGAAGAUCAGAGGAAUCUAUAUCAGCAGCAGGCUCAAGCUAAAGCACAAAUGUUGAGAUAUGAAGAUGAAUUGGCUCGCAAAAGAAUGCAGACUGACCAUGAAGCCCAGAGGCGUCAUAAUGCUGAAUUGGUCCAAAUGCAAGAAGAGUCAUCCAUAAGGAAAGAACAGGCUAGGCGAGCAACUGAAGAACAGAUACAGGCCCAGCAACGGCAAACAGAGAAAGAGAGAGCUGAGAUAGAAAGGGAAACAAUAAGGGUGAAAGCUAUGGCUGAAGCUGUAGCACGGGCUCAUGAAGCGAAAUUGACUGAGGACCAGAACAAGAGGAUGCUUUUAGACCGAAUAAAUGGUGAAAAAGACAAGUGGCUUGCUGCAAUAAAUACUACGUUUAGUCAUAUUGAAGGGGGAUUUCGAAUUUUAUUGACCGACAGGAGUAAGUUGGUGAUGACCGUUGGUGGAGCUACUGCACUAGCUGCUGGGGUUUAUACCACUAGGGAAGGCGCAAGAGUGAUGUGGGGAUACGUAAAUAGGAUUCUUGGCCAGCCAUCUCUGAUUCGGGAAUCAUCUAUGGCGAAAUUCCCAUGGUCUGGGGUUGGUUCUCGAGCUGCAAAUAAGCUGCUAAGGUAUAGCACUGCAGCUGGGGCUGCUGCAUCCAUACAGAGUAAGUCUGCACUGGGGGACAUCGUCUUGCAUCCUUCACUGCAGAAGCGAAUCGAACACCUUGCUCGAGCCACAUCAAACACCAAAAUCCAUCAGGCACCUUUCCGAAACAUGCUUUUCUACGGGCCUCCUGGUACGGGGAAAACUAUGGUAGCAAGAGAGAUUGCUAGAAAGUCGGGCUUGGACUAUGCCCUGAUGACAGGAGGAGAUGUUGCGCCUUUGGGGCCCCAGGCGGUUACCAAGAUACAUGAGAUAUUUGACUGGGCCAAGAAGUCAAAGAGAGGUUUGCUACUGUUUAUUGAUGAGGCUGAUGCUUUUCUGUGCGAACGGAACAGCACGAACAUGAGCGAAGCCCAGAGGAGCGCGUUGAAUGCGUUGCUCUUCCGCACGGGGGACCAAUCGAGGGACGUUGUCCUCGUCCUCGCCACCAACCGGCCCGCGGACCUCGACAGUGCCAUCACUGACCGCAUCGACGAGGUCAUCGAGUUCCCACUCCCCAAGGAAGACGAGCGCUUCAAGCUCCUCAAGCUCUACCUAUCAAAGUACCUCCAAGGCGAAUCGGGCCAUGCAAACGGGCCAGGCAAAUGGGGCCCGGGACUUCUUUUUAAAAAGAAUCCGCAGAAGAUAACCAUAAAGGACCUGUCGGAUGAUGUCAUACGCGAGGCCGCCAGGAGGACUGAGGGGUUCUCUGGCCGGGAGAUUGCAAAGCUGAUGGCGAGCGUGCAGGCGGCAGUGUACGGGCGGGCGGAUUGUGUGUUGGACUCGAGCUUGUUUAAGGAGAUUGUGGACUACAAAGUGGCCGAGCAUCACCAGAGGAUUAAACUCGCGCAGGGCCAAGCUUAG